CAAAGUUCUUCAUUCUCGACGACCUUCACAAGAUGGCAAAGAAGAAGAAUAAACAAGUUUUGCGUCCUUGGUGCUGGUAUUGUGAACGUGAAUUCGAAGAUGAAAAAGUCCUCAUGCAACACCAGAAGGCCAAACAUUUCAAAUGUGGAAUGUGUCCUAGAAGGCUCAAUACCGCCGGAGGUCUAGCCGUGCAUAUUCAACAAGUCCACAAGCUGGAGGCGGAAAACCUCCCACGCAUUGAAAAUGCUCUUCCCGGUCGAGAUGGCUAUGAAGUUGAAAUAUUUGGCAUGGAAGGUAUACCAGCUCCCGAUGUGGCAGACUACAAGCGUCGUAAAGAAAUUGAGCUUGGUCUCGCUGCUGGUUCGAUAUCUCAACCUCCAGCCAAGAGACCGCGGACAGAAAACAGACCUAUGACUGAAGAUGAACUUAAGGCAGCGUUAGAGGCCCAUAAAGCCCUCAUGGGUGGAAACAACGAAUCAACCCCUGCAACUGAUACCGCCUCGAGUGCCGUCUACGGUGCACCGCCGCAGGCAUAUGCGGCCCCUCCUACCCCUGGACCUCCCGUUCCCGCGCCUGCCCCUCCACCUGGUAUUUCACCUCCUCCUUUUAUGCCCCCUCCUCCGGGAAUGGGUAUACCUGGACAACCGCCUUUCUUCCCUCCUCCAGGAAUGCCCGGGUAUCCUCCUGGCCCACCUCCAGGAUACUCGAUGCCUCCAGGAUUCCCACCUGCCCCAGGUAUGAUGCCUCUCCCUGGGAUGCCUCCGCCUGGGAUGCCUCCACCAGGUAUGUCCCCACCACCGGGCAUGUUUCAUGGUCCACCUCCCCCUGGUGCCGUGCGACCAACAAUGGCACCUCCUCCUACAUUCGUGCCUCAGCAAAAUGCGGUGUCGCCACCGCCACCGCCUGGAUCACCAUUCACUCCGCACAACCUUCCGACACCACCAUCCACAAUCAUACCUACAGCACCUACUUCAUUGCCAACCGGUCAGGUCUUCUCGUCUCAACCUACAUUACCCAAACCCGAGUUGAAGCAGACUAAUCCUCCUUUCAAAAAGCCAACGGAGCUCAAAUACCAGGAUGCCAAUUUCUCACCCGAGGAAUUUCGUGCUCAUCAUCCCAAGUAUAGAUAUACUGGAGGUACUCAAGUUGACAGCCCCGAAGAAUCACGGGGCAAGAAGCGAGCGAGGGCCGAGGACUUUUUAUAAGUGUCUUGCAGGCCUUAGAGAAGAUGCCGAAGUCAUACUCUCAAUCAGUCCGUCCCAACCCUUUUCGUCUGACUUCUAGUACAUUCCCUUGCUGCUGGCUCUCACCGCUUUGCACGAAGGAAAUAACCCAAAAAACGGUCAUGGGUCUGUGUUGAAUUCUCUGCUCUUUCUCUUAUCCUUACCCUUGUUUUCCUCUACGAGAGGUGAGCAUUUUUUAAUAUAUCACUAAGAGCAUGUGUACGAUGUAUAUUACGGUCGGUGCCUUCAUUCGUUCAUUCUUCAUCCCAAUUAUUGUCGCGCGAAUAAAAACCAGAUCCUGUCGUUACAUUGGGUUGACUACUUACUACCAAGUUGUCAGUCUACGGGUUGAGUAGCCUGUAAAGAACCCUAUGUUAUGAGUAAAGACCAACAACGGAAUAAAACAUAUGCUAUGUAGUUACUUCUGCAAA